AUGGCCGCUCCGAUUCGGCUCGCCAACGGCACCCAACUCCCUGACAUCGACCGUCACCGCAGAGAUAGUAAUAAGAGGUGUCCCUCCAAUCGACCAUUUGUUUGCUACGUCUUCGACGAGCUCACUCAAGACUAUCCGCCAUGGCUGAGGCAAAAUGGCGAUGACACUAUUGAGGACGAGAUGAAGCCGCGCGCUGCCGGCGGUGUUGAUGUCGUGGAUCCAGAGCCACAGCCAGUAGCCGAGCCCCGAACUUUCGUGACGUCGCUGCACGAGAGGGUGACGCCAUCACGGAACCCCGGGGGCGCCGAGCCCAACGAGUCGCAAAAGACCAUGGUUGAGGUAAAUUGGAGGAAACGUGGCCGC